UGGGAUUUUCACAUAGGAAGAUGAGACGAGGACAGAAUAGACUAGCUGCAACUUCCCCUACUCAGUCUCAUUUCAACCCAACUUACGAGCCGUCAUCACAAACUCGAUAGAAACUUACAGUUAUUCAGUUAUAACUGAUUUACCUCUGGAUAUCAUUUGCACAGAAUAUCACCGCUACGUACAUACACACUGGGUUUACCACCCGGGCUGUCAAUAACGCUGUGGGUUUUAGUUGAAUGCCAGUAAAUAAGAUAAAAUAAAUCCAAUGGUCUUAGAAAAUUAAUAUUUGUCUAUUUGAGUUCAUACAGUAGUACUUCAUAUCGGCAACAAUAACAAGGUUGAACUAGGACCAGUUUGAUCUGUUGGCAGUUUCCAUUCGCGUGUAGUACUUACGUUGAUUUAUGAGUGAAAGUUCUUUGUAGAGUUGGAAAUCCUGUUUAAAGACUGGUUAAAAAUGAGGGACAUUUGGUUUGAAGUGAACACCACAGCGUUUCACAACGGAAACGUGAGCAUCAAUGACAUUUUGGAAGAAUUUACUUGGGAUCACCAUUAUUUGUACCAUCACCCUGAGAAUAUCUUCCUGAUUGCGAUUUAUCUCCCAGUUUUUCUCAUCGCUCUCAUUGCAAAUAUUUUUGUCAUUGCUGUGUUCAUCAAGUAUCGCUCCUUCCGAACCGUGACAAACUGUUUCCUUCUAAAUCUCUCCUGUGCUGACCUCCUCGUCUCUCUGAUCUGCAUGCCUGCCGCCGUAGGUCAAGCAAUUCACAGUGCAUGGUUAUUCGGAGAUUUCAUUUGUAAGGCAAGCCAUUACAUGCAAGGAGUGGCCGUAGGAGCUUCAGUGUUCACAUUAACAGCCAUGAGUUUGGACAGGUAUCUGGCAAUUAGGCAUCCACUCAAGAGGAAAAAUUUUGUGACAAAAAAACUGACGUUAAAAGUGAUAUUUUUCAUUUGGGUGAUUUCCUUGUCCAUGUUUUCGCCGAUUUUGUACGUCCGUCGGACCGACGGGUUCAGAUUUCUCACACACGAUUUUGUAUUCUGUUUGGAGGAAUGGAGCAACUCUAUCACUCAACGACUAUUUGGUUCAGUAGUUUUUGUCGUGGUAUAUGCGCUUCCGGGAAUAAUUAUGGUCGUCGCCUAUGCCUUGAUGGGGUGCACACUUCGAGAAGUUCACUUGUUCCCAGAGAUGAACGAUGACACGAGACAAGUUCAGAUCUACACCUUGGCCACAAUCAAUUUGAUGAAGGAAAGGAGAAAAGUGGCACGAACGUUAAUGGUUCUUGCCAUAGUGUUCGCCUUUUGCUGGCUCCCCUCCAGCGUAUUGGGCUUAAUUCUGGACUAUACAGCCCCGUCGUCGUCGACCAAGCCUGGGACAUCCACUUCUGAGACCUCGGAGUAUGACCUUUAUAUAAAAUUGCACAGAUUCCUAAUCCUUUUAGGACAUGCAAAUAGUUCGAUUAACCCGUUCUUAUAUUGUCUAACAAGAAACUUCAGAAAUCUUGCAAAGGACUGGUAUCACUCUGUACGGAGAUAAAAUUUUGCCCCCCCCCCUAAAGCUUAAUAUUAUAUUAUGUUCUCCUCAAGGCCAACAAUAUGUUUCGUAAGUAGUUUGUCUGGUAAAUAUGCUAGAGUUGGAGUAAGUGCAGUGAUAAACUGGGGUAUAUGUACAUAUAUAUGUAUUUACGAAUAUGUAGCAUGUCCAAGAAAUUAAAACGUUAGCAUUCUCAAAUUAUUAAUUUUGUCAAAUUGAUAUUUUUAGAUUUAAUAGCAAAUACAUUCUGAUUAUCCAGAAAAAUCUUCA